UUUUAGAACUGCGUUUAAGUGGACACUACAUGAGAAGUAGGGAGUAAUAACGGAACAUUAAAGUUGAUCCUAUUUGGGGAGGUGACCCGCGGUACCACAGCCGACUAAAGACACAACGUCGGGAGACUGAUAAAAGAGUGGCUGAAUUGCUUGAUUGCUAAAGAAACAAAUUCAAAUCUCAAUCUAUUCAACCACCCAAUAAACAGUGAGACGAAGGUAUAAUUGAGGAGACUAUAUCUAUAAUGAUGACAACUGUUUGGUGAAUGUUCCUAAGUAUCUUUACUGCUACUUCAAUUCUUCGUCACCUUUCUCAUUGAAAUGGAUCGAUUAUAUCUUUCACCCACCUCCAUUAUCAUCGUCGCUUUCUGCUUCUCCUAUUCCUUCCUUUUAUUGCAUUUGACGUCGUCUUUUCAUCAACCAAGCCCUUCUUUGUUUCAACGACCAUGAUCUUCCCCCUUAGACCUCUCAUUGGAUCUCAACCGCAGAUCCUCUCUUUCUCUUCAUCAUGGACCCUGCUACCUCUCGUCCUGCUCUAGUCAUCGAUAACGGUACCGGGUAUACUAAAUUGGGUUUUGCUGGAAAUGUUGAGCCAAGUUUCAUUUUACCAACGGUGGUUGCCGUUAACGAGUCAUUUGUGAAUCAAACUCGAGCCACGAGUAAGAGUAGUAACUGGCUAGCUCAGCACAGUGCAGGCGUUAUGGCGGAUCUUGAUUUCUUUAUUGCGGAAGAAGCAUUGGCUAGAUCUAAAUCUAGUAAUACUUAUAAUCUUAGCUAUCCUAUUAAACAUGGUCAGGUUGAUAAUUGGGAUGCCAUGGAGCGAUUCUGGCAGCAGUGUAUAUUUAACUACCUUCGUUGUGAUCCUGAGGAUCACUAUUUUUUACUGACUGAGAGUCCCAUUACUGCGCCAGAAAGUCGAGAAUAUACCGGUGAGAUUAUGUUUGAGACUUUCAAUAUACCGGGGCUUUAUAUUGCCGUGCAGCCAGUGCUUGCUUUGGCAGCUGGGUACACAACAUCUAAGUGUGAGAUGACUGGAGUUGUAGUGGAUGUUGGAGAUGGUGCUACUCAUGUUGUACCUGUUGCUGAUGGUUAUGUUAUUGGGAGCAGCAUUAAGUCAAUCCCUAUUGCCGGAAGAGAUGUUACACUCUUCAUUCAACAGCUCAUGAAGGAAAGGGGGGAGCACGUUCCACCUGAGGAUUCCUUUGAAGUAGCUCGGAAAGUGAAGGAAAUGUAUUGUUACACCUGUUCAGACAUCGUCAAGGAGUUCAAUAAGCAUGACAAAGAGCCGGGGAAGUACAUAAAACAUUGGAGAGGUACAAAACCAAAGACAGGAGCGCCUUAUUCAUGUGAUAUUGGCUAUGAACGAUUUCUUGGUCCCGAGGUUUUCUUCAAUCCCGAAAUAUAUAACACUGAUUUUACAACUCCUUUACCUGAGGUGAUAGAAAAAUGUAUCCAGUCUGCACCUAUAGACACGAGAAGAGCUUUAUAUAAGAAUAUUGUUUUAUCUGGAGGAUCCACCAUGUUCAAAGACUUCAAUAGAAGAUUGCAACGAGAUAUCAAGAAGAUUGUUGCUGCUCGUGUUCUUGCAUCAGAUGCUCGGUUAGGUGGAAAUGUAAAAGCACAACCAAUUGAGGUCAAUGUUGUCAGCCAUCCUAUUCAGAGAUAUGCAGUUUGGUUUGGAGGAUCUGUACUUGCUUCUACUCCUGAAUUUUUUGCAGCUUGCCAUACAAAGGCAGAAUAUGAGGAAUAUGGAUCUAGCAUAUGUCGCACAAACCCUGUAUUUAAGGGAAUGUACUGAUUCUAACUACAACUGCAGUGAAGGCAUUUCUGAUCAUCAUGUUCUUCUCCCAAAACCCUGAUCCUUGCCGUACUUCUCAGCCUUGGUUUGAAAUCCAGUAUCUAUGGGAACUGUGUAUGUUAACAGGUUAUUGGAGGCAGCGCGUUGUAGAUUUCAAUCAUUAAACUGUGACAAAACAAGAUUCAUGUAUUCUUUCCAUAGGGAGCACAUCUGUCCUGCGCCUGCCGGAUGUAGUUUUGUCCACUUGGCAGGGCCCGUUGGCACUUCAAUGGCAGAUAAGUUUCACCGAACAAUUGAACAUUACCUGAGCUGGAUGUCAUUCUCUGAGUGUUAGGUUGAAUCUGAGGGUUACAACUAUAGUUAGUUUAAAAGGAAAGAUAAUAAGCCGUCAUACGAUUUGGUGCAGUUCUUUUAGCUUGUUGGGGUUUGAUAGAGGAUUGUAGGAUAUCAUUUAAUAUCCUUUUUUCCCCUUUAAUUGAAAUUCUGAAUGUUAUUGUUACACUUGUACAUGAUUAGCGCUGUUGGGGAACCUCUUUAUUCUUUUCCAGGAAUAGUGAAUCCUAAAUUGGAGUUUGUCCAGCUGAA